UUCAGGUAUGAGGCAGCUUGCUAUCGCGUGCUAGAUAUCUGGAGAGAUCCGAAACACAGCGAAAUAAUAUCUCAGGCACUCCUAUUUGUUCGCCUCGCAGAAGGUAUUCGGCGCUUACUUGGACGCGAUAGACACGCGAGCGGCCCAGGCGUGCGACGACGCGCCCUGUGCUUGCGAGGUAGAGUCCAAAGUGUCCCUGCAAAGUAUCCUGCUGGCGACUGGAGUUUCGCUGGAACAGGCAGAGCGAGCCGCCACGAUAAUACAGGUACGCCGUCGUUAUGUACACAAGGCCCGAUGGUCUCCUUAAUCGAUCUUUAGCGGCUCUUUAAGGCGCUCUCAUUGUCGUCGAUCAGAUCGCUUUCCGCGGACAUUACGAGAGGAUGUUGCUGAACGAGUCCCAGGGCGUGAUUCAGUGGCAACGAGCGGCAACGAGGACCCUCGAGAUCCUCAGGAGGGCCGGGGCUUCGCAGGCGGAGGCUUCGAACGCGGCCGUUUUAAUACAGGCUACUUAUCGUGGAUACUACACGAGGAGAAAUCUAAAAAUGAAAACGAUGACUACGAUGCUGCAAGAGGAAAAAGAAAGCGAAGUAGACACGAUAGAGUCCACGAGAACCAUUCAAUCCGUGGCAUGGUUAGAUAUGAUGUACGAGGAAUCGGGAUUGACGUUGAUGAGAGCCAAUGAAGCUGCUACGGUCAUACAAAGAGCUUAUAAGCGAUAUCGCACGAGGAAAAAUAAGCAUAACGUGUCACGGCUGGAAUCGACCAAGCCGAUGGUGGUGGAAGCCAUUGUCAAAAAUCUGCACCAGAGAGUUCUUGACGGAGUCGUAUCUUGCGCCAACAUUCCCGCGGAAUUUGGUAGUCGAGAAGAAUUGGCGGAAGCGGGCGAAGAACUUCAACGAGCGUUCAGGAAUCGAUUGGCACGUGCUUGCAUAACGGAGGAAAACGGAUACGACGAGGAGGAGUUCACUCGGCCGGAAAAACUCGACGAAUCGCUCUCGAAACUGGUGAACGACACCGCGGUGGGAGAUCAGGAAGAAGGUCGAGAAAUCGAAGUAGCUACGGGACGUGACGGAAAAACAGAUGCGGGCUCGGCAUAAGGGGGAGCCGAAGACCAAGGGGUGACAGUGGCGCGCGGCGGUAGAAUCCUUUUCUGAGUGCGUCGGAUGAACCAAUUAACAUGGAAGCUGCUGCGGGAUGGGAAAAGAAGCGGGACGGCAACGAGUGCUCGGCGCACAAAGAACGUAGCUGGAGCAAAAAGCGCCGCCUCUAGAGGCCACCGAAUGCCGGAGACACCGCAGCACUUUAAUGCACAUGCUUACGUUCGAUAAUUCCGUUAACGUGAUGCGCUUUCGCAGCGAGCUUAAAAUUCCCCCGGACGAAACGGUCCCGGCACGCGCGUGCGACUGUAACGAGCUAAACUAUUUCGCCUACGUGUAACGUUAAUUUAAUUCGGCCGAUGCAAGCUAAACCGUUCCGGGGCGAGUCGUCCAAAUUUGAUUUGCAUAAUUUUUAUUCUCGACAGUUAACGCUUUAAUAUCCCAUUACAUUAUUUCGCGUUAGUACGCGCCCGGUGGGCACACUUUCCCGUGAAAAGAGAAUUUUUCCAGCGCUUGAUAUCGCGCGUUAAAGCAUAUUGUGCAUGAAGUUUCUUCACUCUAAUAUAAAG